UGCCGGCCUACUCAUCAUCAGGCCGGAUAUAAACCAGCUGCGCUGAUCGACCAAAUUAACGAAAUUGCAUAUAGGCAAUAUAUAUUAAAGCUUCACCCCGGCGAUCCGAUAUGAUGACGAUGGCAAUCGCAGAAUAUUGGGGGUGUAGUGCCGCAUUUUUUAUGAUAUUUAGCUUCUUGUUGGGUUGUUUUUGUUAUAUGAAGAAUAUGAUGGAAAGCAUGGUGCGCAGCAGCGGGUCGGCGAUUCCAAGGAAGUGGGCAGUAGCGGGAAUGCUGCCGGGGCUUCUACACAAUGCUCACCGACUCCACCAAUUUGUCACUGAUAUUAUGAAAGAGAGCGGAGGGACAUUUGAGUUUAAAGGACCUGUGUCGGGUAACUUGGACAUGCUCAUUACCUGCGACCCUGCUAACAUCCACCACAUUCUCAGCCGAAACUUCUCCAACUAUCCAAAAGGCCCUCAGUUUCGACAAAUAUUUGAUGUUUUGGGAGACGGCAUUUUCAACGUCGACUCCUUCUUAUGGGAGCUUCACCGUAAAACCACCCUCUCCUUCUUCAAUCAUGCCCAAUUCCACACCUUGCUAGAGACCAAUGUUUGGCACAAGGUUGAGAAUGGGUUGUUGCCAGUUCUGGAUUGUUUUGCGGAACAGGGAGCGGAGUUUGAUUUGCAAGACGUUUUCCAGCGCUUCACCUUUGACACCAUCUCUAAGCUCGUCCUGCACCAUGACCCUGGAAGCCUUUCCCUUGGCUUGCCAUAUGUUCCAUGCGAGAAGGCCUUCAAUCCUAUGGUGGACGCCCUUCUGUACAGGCAUAUACUUCCGGAGAGCUGCUGGAAGUUACAGAAAUGGGUGGGGAUUGGCAAAGAGAAGAAGCUUAGUCAGGCAUGCCGGGCUUUUGAUCAGUAUAUAUACUCCUGCAUUAAUAAACGCCUCCCCCAAGACAACUCGGAGGAAUUAAGCUUGUUCACCGCUUACGUACAAGCAUACAAGCAGCAGGACCAACUGCAGGCGGUGCUCACUACUACUACUGGUUCUGCUUCUCCACUAGUGAAGUUUCUGAAGGACACUUUGUUGAGUUUAAUGUUUGCAGGGAGAGAUACAACCAGCUCAACUCUCACUUGGCUUUUCUACCUGCUCGCCCAAAACCCAUUGGUUCAGGCAAACAUCCGGGACGAGAUUGAAAACAAAUUCAAUCUUCUGCAGAAACAAGAUAAUAAUAAAAAGUUGUUUUUCAAGGUAGAAGAAUGCCAGAAAUUAGUGUAUCUUCACGGUGCACUGUGUGAAUCCCUCAGACUGUUCCCACCAGUGGCCAUUGAGCAUAAGGUGUCGGCUGGGAUGGACGUCCUCCCUAGUGGACAUCUGAUCAAGCCCAACACCAGAAUGAUACUCUCCUUUUAUUCAUCAGGAAGGAUGGAUUCAAUAUGGGGCGAAGAUUGCAUGGAGUUCAAGCCUGAGAGGUGGAUUUCAAGCAAAGGAAGAAUCAAGCACGAACCUUCCUACAAGUUUCCGGCAUUCAACGCCGGACCCAGGACUUGUUUAGGUAAAGAAAUGGGUUUGGUUCAGAUGAAAAUGAUUGCUGCAAUCAUCCUACACCAUUAUGAGUUUCAAGUGGUGGAUUCCCAUUCAGUUUCUCCCAGUGAUUCAAUCAUCAUUCAAGCUAAGCAUGGCUUGAAAGUCAAAUUUACCAAAAGAAAUACUGCAUGAGGUACACGCUCAGCAUUAAUUAAUAUAUAUUUAUCCAAGGUAAGCUUACUCUGGAAAUAAAGCAUAUUUACUGCUACAAGAAUUCCAAACGCUUUAUUAUUUUGUGUGCGUAGUAGUAGUAUGUACUCAAAUUGUAACUGUUCCUACCCAUUACAAUAUCUUGAAUGUGCAUUAUCAUCAAUUUAUAUUGUAUAAGGUAUAUAUCAGUUUGGAGACCCCAUAUAUAUAUAUAUAUAUUGGAAAGGGUUCAGA